GAAAUUGGAACCUAAUAAAGAAGGGCGGAUGCUUGGGCUAAGGGGCAGAAAUUGACGAAGAACUGCCGACAGAAAUGAACCACUCGGAGCCAUCGAUGAGCACCAAACGGUUUUCUUCUCUCUCUUCUUCUUCUUCUUCUUCUUCUCAUGAGCAGAAAUUGACGAAGAACUGCUGACAGAAAUGAACCACUCGGAGCCAUCGAUGAACACCAAACGAUUUUCUUCUCUCUCUUCUUCUUCUCAUCAGCCUCAGCCCAAAGCUCCAACCUUGCAAUCUCUCCUAAAAAGUGGUUUCAGUCCAACCCUCAAGCACUUCAAUCACUUCCUCCACUUUCUUUCCCGAACGCGCAAAUUCGAAGCGAUCAUCUGCUUCUUCUCUCAAAUGAACUCAAACCACAUCAAAGGUAACGCUUCCACUCACACAUUCUUUUUUUGGGCUCUCCUCCAUGAGCACAGAUAUGAAGAAGCCCAUCAGUUCAUCAAGACCCAGAUGGAGAAUCCUUCUUCGCUACCGCGGCGUAAUCGCAUUUGGGACGCCCUAAUUCGGGGGCUUUGCGUCAACCGCAACGAACCAGAAAAGGCGCUUUCCAUCAUGCGGGAUUGCUUUAGAAUUGAGGGUGUUUUGCCUUCUUCUUUUACUUUUUGUUCCCUGAUUCAUAGUUUUUGCUCCCAAGGCAUGAUGGACAAAGCAAUUGAAGUGUUGGAGAUGAUGACCGACGAGAAAAUCAAUUAUCCGUUUGAUAAUUUCGUCUGCAGUGCAGUAAUUUCUGGGUUUUGUAGGAUUGGGAAGCCUGAGCUUGCGGUUGGGUUUUAUGAGAGCGCUGAAAGUUCAGGUGGUUUACGGCCUAAUGUUGUGACGUAUACGGCUCUUGUGGCUGCUUAUUGUAGAUUGGGUAGAUUCGAAGAGGUCUGCAAUUUGAUUGCUAGGAUAGAAAAGGAAGGAUUAGCUGUUGAUGUGGUAUUUUAUAGUAGUUGGAUGCAUGAAUAUUUUAGGGAAGGGGUUAGUUGGGAGGCAUUAAGAAAGCAUAGAGAGAUGUUGGAGAAGAAAAUAAACCCGGAUACAAUUAGCUAUUGUAUACUUGUAGAUGGGUUCUCGAAGGAUGGAAAUGUGGAAAAGGCAGUAGGCUUUUUAAACAGCAUGAGGAAGGAUGGAGUGGAGCCCAAUUUAGUUACGUACACUGCUAUUAUGUUGGGGUUUUGCAAGAAAGGAAAACUGGAGGAGGCCUUUGCUGUACUCAAGAUGGUUGAGGACCUAGAGAUUGAAGUUGACGAAUUUACAUAUGCCAUUUUAAUUGAUGGGAUCUGCAGGAGAGGUGAUCUUGAUCGUGCUUUUGAUCUGCUUAAUGACAUGGAGAAGAAGGGAACUUAUCCUAGUGUUCUUACAUACAACACUGUGAUAAAUGGGCUGUGCAAAGCUGGGAGAACAUCUGAAGCAGAUGAAAUCUCCAAAGGCAUAGUUGGAGAUGUUGUCACUUAUAGUACAUUGAUACAGGGAUACGUUGAAGAAGAGAAUGUCAUGGGAGUGUUGGAAAUGAAAAGGAGAUUGGAUGAAGCUGGAGUUCGUAUGGAUCUUGUUAUGUGUAAUAUUCUUAUUAAAGCACUAUUCUUGGUGGGAUCAUUUCAGGAUGCUCUUGCAAUUUACAAGGGGAUGCCAGAAAUGGACUUGGCUGCAGAUUCCAUUACUUAUUGUACAUUAAUUGAUGGAUACUGCAAGGUUGGUAUGAUAGAUGAGGCUCUUGAGAUAUUUGAUGAAUUUAGGGCAACAUCAAUUUCUUCAGUUUCAUGUUACAACUGUAUUAUUCAUGGGCUCUGCAGAAAGGGCAUGGCAAGUGUGGCUACAGAAGUAUUUGUAGAACUCCAUGACAGAGGUUUUGUUUCAGAUGUAGGUACUAGAAUGAUGUUAAUCAAGGCAGUUUUUGCUGAGAGAAGUGAAGGGGUACUAAAUUUAGUAUACAAAAUUGAGGAUAUGAAGAGUGAAAUAUUUGGUACUUUAUGUAAUGAUGCAAUUUGUUUCCUAUGCAAGAAAGGGUCUUUUAGGUCUGCCUGCAUUGUGUUUUUGUUAAUGGAGAGUAAAGGAUCAGUUGUUAAAAAUAAGUCUUAUUAUGCAAUCAUGAAGGCGCUUACUGGUGAACACAACAAGUGUUUCACUCAGCCUCUUUUGAAUUCCUUGUUGAAAAGGUAUGGAAUUCUUGAACCAAGAGUAAGCAAGAUACUAGUGCAUUACUUAAGUGCGACGAAUGUGAACAAUGCCCUUAGGUUUCUCAAUGCGAUGAAAGAGAUCAAGUUCACUGUUUUCAUCCCUGUUACCGUUCUUAGAACACUUACAAGUGAUGGUAGAGCUUUGGAUGCUUAUAAACUUAUCACUGGAGCAGAAUACUCUCUUCCUGUUAUGGAUGUGGUUGAUUAUUCAAUGGUGGUUGACGGCCUUUGCAAGGCAGGACAUAUGGGUAAGGCGUUAGAUCUCUGUAUUUUUGCUAAAAGGAAGGGAAUUAUGCUUAGCAUCAUUACUUAUAAUUCAGUUAUUAAUGGUUUGUGCCAGCAAGGAUGUUUUAUUGACGCAUUUAGGCUAUUUGAUUCAUUAGAGAAAAUUGAUAUGGUUCCUUCAGAGAUUACAUAUGCUACAUUAAUUGACACUCUAUGCAAGGAAGGGUAUCUGCUAGAUGCCCGGAAAUUAUUUGAGAGAAUGGUAGUUAAGGGUUUUGAGCCAAAUACACAUGUUUACAACUCAUUGAUUGACGGAUAUUGCAAGGUAGGUCAAAUGCAGGAAGCCUUGAAGCUUCUGCUUGACCUCAAGACAAGGUGCCUUGAGCCUGAUGAAUUUACAGUUAGCUCUGUCAUCAAUGGCUAUUGCCAGAAGGGUGACAUGGAAGGAGCUCUUGAAUUCUUCUUUGAGUUCAAAAGGAAAGGUUGUUUUCCUGAUUUCUUGGGUUUCUUGUUUUUGAUAAGAGGCUUAUUUGCUAAGGGAAGGAUGGAAGAGUGCCGUGAUAUCCUAAGACAAAUGGUUCAGACACAAUCUAUUGUGGAUCUGCUUAAACGAGCUGAAACUGAUGUUGGAGCAGAGUCUAUAGGAAGUUUUCUUGUCUCUCUGUGUGAUCAAGGAAAUAUCCAAGAAGCCAUCAUGAUCCUUAAUGAAGUUGGAUCGAUGUUCUUCUCUGUUGCAAGGAGGCAUGAUGUUUAUGUUGGGCCUGAAAAACUAAAGGAGCUUUUUGAUGGGGGAGCUCCUGGUACAGUUGAAUGUAAGUCUUUAAUGUCCACCAACGGAAAUGAUGAGGAAUUUGAACUAAGCAAUGUGCAGCCACUAGGGAAAAUAGUGAAAGCUGAUGGUAGCACUGAUAGAAGUUAUUUUUUGCCUGAUUUUGAUUUUUACUAUGCCCUACUUGCUUCACUCUGUUCAAGAGGGGAGUUGGGGAAGGCUAAUAAAUUGGCAAGAAAGCUCUGCAAUUCAGAGAGAGCUUGUUGAUGAGCCUACAAUACGAUGGCCUCAAUAGAUACAUUUGCUGCUCCUUUUCAUGGACCAUCCAAGUACCACCUUCAGGGGCAUGCUCUACAAGUAGUCAAGAAAAUAAAUUCUAAUUGGUCAUCAAGUAGUUCGUGGUCAAUCCUCUGGAAAUACGGGCUGCUUCGCAUCAAGGUCAUAGCCUAGUUAUUAAAUCCAUAACAAACUAGACACUUCCUAGUACACCAAACCGAGCCUUUUGUUUUGCCUAGGAUUCUGCCCGGUAUAGGCUGUAAGUAUAGCCAAAUACUGUCGUGCCAGCAAUGUGCCCUCGCUCAUUCUCUUAACUCCUAUUCCCCGUCAGUCUCUUGCACCCACUCCCCAACUCUCUCGCAGUCUCACUCACCUCUGCCUAUCCCCUCCUAGUAAGUUUAUAUAUACAUACAUAUACAUAUAUAUAUCAUCACCAAAUAUCUGUGCAAAGAACCGGGCCACAUCCUCUAUCUGUUCAGAGAUCAGGCCUAUCUUUUUCUUCUUUUUACUCCUAGCGUGAUUUGCUUCUGUACAGAGAGGCCUCCUCAGCGCUAUAUAUACGGUACGUUUUUUCAUUGAGAAUCAUUUGUUAAUUUGGAGAUAUUGUUAUAUUUUUAUGUUAUGUUCAUUUUUUUGUUUGUUUACACGACAUGCCCUUGACAAUAAUGGUGGUUUUUACGCUGUCAUUUCUUAUGGAAAAAAAAAAAUAUCAUGUUUCUACUUAUAUUGUAUUUAUUUGUAUUACCAAUAUAUCCAAAAUGGCGGUUUCACUAGUACCAUAAGGUAGCAAUGAAAAUUUUGGUUUAUUGUCUGUCUUGGUAUGCCACUCGCAGCUGCUGAAAUGUUGCAGCGUGGACCAAUCAAAGCUUUCCACUUCUGCACCAAGCAGCUCAUACACCUCUUUCAACAAUAACCAACCAAUCUUUAAAUCCCGGAUAGCUAGAUGUCGCUCCAGCGUCAGUCGAUACGCCCACACCCCUAUCAGACGGAUCUUCGUAAUGCCACCGGGUUGAUGUCAACAAGUUUAUCCCACACUUAUGCCUACUGGGUUUAGAUCAAAUAGGUUACUAAGCACUUGUAAUGGCGUCAAUAACCAACUGGUUAUGCAUUUACAGAGCGUUCACAAGCCAAACGAGAUACCAAAUUAGUGGGUAACAUUUGACUCAAUGGAGGCACCAAAUCCACAGUGACCUGCUUCCACUUCCAGCGUCCAUUUCCAAAAGCGACUGAGAACAGUUCCGAUCUCCCAUCGGUUUCAGUAAAUAAAUUCGCAAACUGCUCCCGACCACUUCGACAAAACACCUCGGUAAAUGGGUGGUUCUGACGAGUAACUACAGGAACUCAGCACCAUGAAACCACAAAAAAAUUCAGAACCUUACCAGCAGCCAACCUAUAUAUAUGAUUUGGCAAAAUUUGUACCAAAACUCGCAUUUUUCAACUUUUACAGAAGGAAAAGGUCACAAUUAAUCGCACUAUAAUAAAGUACCCAAAAUUUUGGUCAAAAACGGCUACAAUUGCAACACAAGGAGCAGAAAAAUGGAACGCUGAAUCACCCAUCCCCAAGGCUAGCAAGAACCUGUCAACCAAUUUUCGGCUAACCCUUGAGCUAAAAAAAGAGCCAGGU